AUGCGAGAAUCCUCUUCAAGGAGCUGGGGGACAGUCCCAGAGCCCCCUCACAGCCGCGAGGUGCAGAGGGGUAGGGUGGUGGCAGGAGCGCUCACUCCUCUUCCUCUGUCCCUCCCCAAGUUCCUAGAAGAUGACUUCCAGUUCAUCCUUUGUGAGGGCUGCCAGCAGGAAUCACCCAACCUCAAGCUCCUCACCUGCCUCCACACCUUUUGUCUCAGUUGCCUGAGCGAAAGCAACCCAAUCAAGCAGUGCCCUUUGUGCCAGAUAGCCAUCCCGCAGGCCAGCGGCAUCCCCUCCACAGACAACCUGCUCUUCACCAGCCUGCAGGCCAGGCUCAAGGUCUACAAGAAGAUUGUUGAUGGAGUUGACUUGUUUUGCGACAACUGCGAGACAGCCGGUGAGUUCUGGUGCUCUGAGUGCGAGGAGUUCCUCUGCACCAAGUGCUUCGAGGCCCACGAGCGCUACCUGAAGAGGGAGAGCCAUGAAGCCAAGAGGGUGAUGGACAUCAGGGCAGCGUCUGCUAAGGACUUCCUUGAGGGCACUAGGAGGACCAGUAACUUCUCCUGCUCCAACCCAGCCCACAAGAACCAAACUGUAAGCAUCUACUGCAAGAAGUGCUGCAAGCCUGUGUGCUGCAUCUGUGCGCUGCUGGACAGCCAGCACGCCCCCUUCUGCGACAUCCACGGCGAGAUCCAGCGCAGGCAGGAGGAGCUGGUCACCAUGAGCCAGGGGCUGAAGGAGAAGAGAAGCAGCUUCGAGGCCACCUUCGAGGUGCUGCAGACUGAGGCCGCCCGGCUGGAGCAGGCGCAGCGGGAGAUGCGGGAGCUGAUCCGGCAGCACGUGGAGCAGCUGGUGCGUCUGAUCCGGCGGGAGGAAGAGGAGCUGCUGGGGCUGGUGGAGGCGCGUCAGGAGCAGGGCCGGCAGGAGCUGGCGAGGGAGCUGCAGCGCGUGGAGGGGGUGCUGCGGCGGAUGGAGGCGAGCGAGCGGCUGGUGGAGAAGGUGAACCUGUAUGCCACAGAGCAGGAGGUGAUGGACAUGCAGCCCUUCAUCAAGGACUCACUGGAGGAGCUGCAGCAGCUGCAGCCGCCGGUGGCUCGGGACCGAGCGCAGCCCGGGGACUUUGCUGAGUGCCGAGCCAGGCUGCAGGCGCUGGUGGAGCGUGUCACGGGGCACCCAGCAGCUUCUCCAGCUUCAGCCAUGGAACACUCCCACCAGGUCUCCAACUCUACCCCUGCAAAGAGGAAGAAAGUCCAAAAUGCAGAAGUCCUGACACUGCCAGUGAAGGUAGCAAAGGUUGAAGACAACGAUGAUGAGUGGAACCAGACAGUGCCGCAGCAGCCAAGCUGCUCGGACCAGCCUGGGACCAGCUGUUCGGUGUCCCCUAUGACUCUCUCAAAGGAGGACAGCCUGCUGGAAGAUGUGCCAGAUGACAACGGUGGCCUGCAUGACUCAGAUAGCGAUAUUCUCUGUUUGGACAGCUUUGAGGAGGACAGCACCGAUGAGGAGUCAAUGGACUCCAGUGUGCUAGAUGAUUUCAGCAGCAUCCUUGAUGAGAGCACUGGUGAAGACUACCUGGGCCUUCCCGUCAGCAGCCAGAACACGCUGGACACGAGACAAGGAUCCCUGGUCUUCUUUGACAUGAAGAUUUUGAAAAAUGAAACUAUUCAGAUGACAGUCGUAGAUGGAGAGAAAGUAUUCCCAGUCCUGAUUCAGCCAGUGAAAUAUUUGUCCAGCUUGAUGGCCAAAAAGGGUGUCUAUGAGAUCGGCCUGAGGAAUCUGCUGUGCCACCUCAACACUGUCCACAAGCCCAUCCUGGGUGGCUUUGGUCUCUGGUCACUCCCCUUUCCCACCCUCUUGGAAGCGUUGACGGUCAUGAACAAGAAAGAGGAGUUCAGCUCUGUUGUGUAUGGAUUCCUGGACAUCUUGCCCCUGAUUAAGGAGGAGAUCCCUGAGAGGGAUAACUACAAGCUGAAGAAUCUGGCCAACACUUACAACUGGAGGCACUUCGGUGACUUCAGUGCCAUGGAGAACGCCAACAUUGUGAAAUACUUGUCCGAGAUCCUGGACAUCAACCUACUAAAGAAACCCAGGCAGAUCCUCAGUCAAGCCAACCUGGAGUCCUUCAUCUCCCUCCAGCCCUUGCUGGAUGAGAAGUUCCUCACCAAGCCAUCAGCCCAAACAUUGGCCACCCACAACAUCAGCCUCUCCAAACUCUGGUUCUGCUACCUGCACAACCCUGAGAACGGGCUCCAGAAAAUGUGCCGUUUCAUAAACACUUGCCGGCACAGCUCUGAAAAGAAAGUCCGAAACCUGAGCAAGGUCAAGGUCUACUUCCAGCGCCAGGAGCUGAAAGCCAUAGGACUCCAGCAGGCAGCGAUUUCCCAAGAGAUGUAAAGAGAGAGGGAAACUGUUGAAAGAUGCUGGUACUUCUCCAGUAUUCAUAAUCCUCUCACCCACAGGGACUGAGUCCUGGAGCCAAAUCCUGGCUCACAUCAGUAGUUUUGCCUUCAAUAUUUCAUGCCCACUCCUUCCUGGGGUGAUGAGCCUGGGUCUCUGGGGUGUAACAGUCUUUUGCUGUCCUCUCUCAUCUGAACUUGUGCUAAGGUGAAGAGGUGAGAACACCAGCUUGGCUGGGAGACGUCCUGCCUCGGAUCCGACAUCCUGCAGCCACACUGUGCCUUUGUCUCCCUUCUGGAUGGACCAAGCCAGUUCUUGAAAGAAAUCUUUCAAAUCAUUUCUGGUCUGGGUUUUAUGGGGGGUCAAUGGGAUUUGAAGCCAGCUGGAGCAACAGCAGGUGAGGAAACUGGUUUGGAAGGACAAGAGUGAUGGUCAUUGCUGGGGAGGGGAUUGGGCAGAGCUGCUCUGUUCCUGUGAGCUGCUGUGUGGGACAUGGCUGUGGGAAAAACUGAAAAUCCUCCUUCAGUCAGCAGGAUCCUACCCCUCUAGCAUGGGAUAUGAACCUCCUAAGUGGGCACACAGGGUUAUGAUUUUCCUACCUCUCCCCCUGCUUUCCUGGAUCAAAGACAGACAGGGAAUUUCUUGAUCAGGGGAUGAACCUCAUUGCUCUUCGGCUCCUGUGCCUGCCUACAGAUGCAGAAGAAAUAAAUAA